AUGGCGACGGAGAUUUUGUGGAGCACUGGACACGCCUUUCCGGUAGACUGGUGGUCGCUCGGAAUUUUCCUGUACGAGAUGGUAUACGGCCGGACUCCCUUCGGCGGGGCUAACAGAAAGGAAACUUUUUAUAACAAUCUUUGCAAAGAUCCAUUCUUUACGGGACCGUUUUCCGCACUGCAAGAUCUGAUCGAAAAGUUUCUGGUGAAAGAGCCCUACAGAAGUUUGGGGUCUUCCAGAAGGGCUGAAGAAGUGAAAAAUCAUUACCGAUGGGAGGAAUUGGAAUUUGUGUCGAGGCCUCCAUUAAUUCCCUAUAAUUUUUCUUGUAAUCACUGUUCUCUUUCUUCACAGCAGCGUGGCUUGAUGCCGAAUGAGAAUUUCAAUGCUGAUUCUCUCAAACCACAAGAUUCCAUUUUCGAAUAUUUUUAA